GCGCGCAAAGCCCUGCGGGGCUGAGGGUCUUGUCCUCCGAGCGCUUGGACCCGGGCUGUCUCGGCGUUUGCUCGGCCUUGGGCUGCCGGCCUCUCGAGGGUCCAGGAGCAGCAGCAAAGAUGUCGAAUGAGCCGCCCCCUCCUUACCCUGGGGGCCCCACAGCCCCCCUUCUGGAGGAGAAAAGUGGAGCUCCACCCACCCCAGGCCGCACCUCCCCAGCUGUGAUGCAGCCCCCACCGGGCAUGUCACUGCCCCCUGCAGACAUUGGCCCCCCACCCUAUGAGCCACCGGGUCACCCAAUGCCCCAGCCUGGCUUCAUCCCUCCACAUAUGAAUGCAGACAGCACCUACAUGCCUCCAGGUUUCUACCCUCCUCCAGGCCCCCAUCCACCCAUGGGCUACUACCCACCAGGGCCCUACCCGCCAGGGCCUUACCCUGGCCCUGGGGGCCAUACGGCCACGGUCCUGGUCCCUUCAGGGGCUGCCACCACAGUGACAGUGCUGCAGGGAGAGAUCUUUGAGGGUGCGCCCGUGCAGACGGUGUGUCCCCACUGCCAGCAGGCCAUCACCACCAAGAUCUCCUACGAGAUUGGCCUGAUGAACUUCGUGCUGGGCUUCUUCUGCUGCUUCAUGGGGUGUGACCUGGGCUGCUGCUUGAUCCCUUGCCUCAUCAACGACUUCAAGGAUGUGACGCACACGUGCCCCAGCUGCAAAGCCUACAUCUACACGUACAAGCGCCUCUGCUAACGGAGCCGGGACUGGACUCCCCACUGUCAGUCUGGCCCCCUGUGCUUUGCUCCCCGCGCUCAGUGGCUCACUUCCCUGCUCCCACUUGGGGGUGGAAGCUGUUCCACCA